CCUCGCCCGCGCUGCGCCGUCAAACCCGCCUCCAGCCACCGAAGCGCCCCACCGCAGCAACUCGUCGGUCGUCGUCGUCUCCGGCGUCCUCCUCCUUUUCCUCCCACCCUUUGCCAGUGUUGGAUUGGCGUGGAGUGGGGAUCCAUCCGGACUUGGGAUCGGUUCCUCUUGUUGUGUAUGCAAUGGCUACAAGUCUUGGUGUGGGAGAAUAUGCAGAACUGAAAGAUUUUGUGAUGGAUCCCAUUAACAACAAGGCUACCUUCAGAGGUUUGAAACUAUAUGUGAAAGAUCUUGACUCAAACACACUUCCUCCAUUUCUUUCCCGUGUCUGCGCCCCUGGCAAGCCAAGCUCGUAUUCUGUGGAGGAGAUCUUAUGCAUAUUUGAGACUGCAGCAGAAGUCCAUGGCCACAAUAUUGUACCGCACAUCGGACAGAUUGUUUCAAUGGUAAUUAGUAUUAUGGCAUCAGUUCCAAGGUCCUUGCACUGUGUUUGUUGCUCCAAGGUGGUUUGCACAUUAUCCCGCUAUGCCAUUGAUCCUUUGGGUAGAGAAGAAGAGAAAAGUGGGAUCAUUGACUCCCUUUGUCGUCCCUUAUCAGAUUGCUUGAUGAGCACUAACGAGAAUAUCUCUUCUUGUUCUGCUCUUUGUAUCACUGCUCUUGUCCAGUCCAACAAUUGGGAAUUCGCAUCUAAUGAGUUGGUUAAUGAUGUCUGCUUGAAGGUCUCAGGGGCUCUAGAGGAGGCUCACUGUCAGACUGUUGUGCACUUAAGCUUGGUGGUUGCUCUGUCAAAACAUAAUCCUUUGACACUUGAGCCAUAUGGGCGAUCAUUGAUAAGAUCAGGAUUACACAUAUUGGACGAUAGUACUAAAGCAAGCAAUUCUCAGAUGAUUAUGUCAUCCAUUCAAAUGAUACAUUCCAUCAUGAAAAGUUUGAAUGUGAGGAGUAUAUCUUCUGAGAUCAGUAGCAUUAUCCAUGCUUUGGAGCAAUGCCAAGAUGACUUCAUUCCAGAUAUCUGCACUGCAGCUUUUCAGGCAACUGAGACUGCUAAGCUACUUGGGAUGCAGGAAGAAUGUGGAAACCACAAAAAAUUUAGUCCGUUGGCAAACAGUAGUGGGAGGCAUAGCAGGAAGGGAUCAAAUUCUCCAGUUGAUGAUGUGGAUUUCAGAGACAGUGGUUCUAGUGGAUCUCCUUGUGAUUUGCAGUAUGUCCGAUCGUUUACUGGCUUUGAUUCUCAGCCAUCAGUGGGACAAUGCGUGGGUAUUCUAGGAAGUGCACGUGCAAGGCGGCGACUUUGGAGUAAUGGAUCUGACUCUUCACAUGGAAUGUCCAACGAUGAGUUUUCUCACACAGCUGCACCUGAUAGUCAUGAUGCUUUGGGAUUCAGAGGACAGUCUAAUUCUGUUGAUCUGGUUAAGUCAGGUAGGAGGUGCUCAGGUGUGUUGACAAGAAUUGGUGACCCAUGUCCUACGUGUUUAGCAACUAAUCAAUUCUCUCAGAUAUCCAGGCGACAAUCUUUAUCAGGUGAUAUUAGGAUGCAGUCAACUCCAAGGAAGCAGCUCCACUCUUUCACCUCCUGCAGAGAUUCAGAAAGAGAUGGCCGCCAAUUACCUGAAAGCCCAGCUUUUAGGCAGACACAGUGUUGUUUGGGACACUGUACGAAUCAUCUUUUGUUUCAGAAGAAUGGUGAAUUUGAGGAAAGAAAAGGGUACUGUAACUCAAUUCAGCAGGGCAACCAAUGGCUUGUGCAGAAUACAGACUUGUUGACUGAAGACCUGAAGUUCCCAACCAAUAGUGGCCAUUCUGAUAGUGCACGAACUCCAUGUGAAGAACAUCAAGCUGAGCAUGAGAAGAUGACUGGAAGGAACAAAAGAAAAGCAAACUGUUCUGGCAGUCCAUUCUUUGCUUUUGUCUGUGUUGUGGUGAUGAUUGCGUUCCUGUUAGCUUGGUGGAAGCAGGCUCCCAAUGAGCGCUAUAUUGUACCUACAUAACAUCUGUGAAUGGUGUAUGAUGUCAAACCUUUUAUAGAAAUGUAGCAGUAUACAUGAGAAUGGUGUAAAUCCUUUGUUACAACUUACAAGUGAAACAGCUGUUGAAAAGCAGUGGUAAUCAGUUGGAAUGCUGUC